CGGAAGCAAGUUCUUUUCCGCUGGUCUGGUCGAACUAGUCGUGAUGCCAUAUGGAAGGACGCCAACACCUUUCAAAGCUACUGGCUGGCUUGGAUGCAAGCCGUCUCCCAAGCCCGCCGCGAUGAUAGUGAAUAAAAGGGGCUGCUAUGGCAGUGUGGUCGUGCCAUGGCAGCCGACCCAGACAAAUCAUGGGAAGAUCGGGUCAUCGGGCGGCCACACAUCAGAUCGCACAGCCUAACCGCAGUACGGUAGGAGGUGAUCGGUCGGUACUUUCAUCGGUUAGCCGACGGCUAUCACCGGCCUUGCAGUAGGAGUAUAACUUUUGGGAAGCACCCACGACUUUUCCUUGCCUGUUGAGGUCAACAACCACCUCGCCCCAUUGAUUUCUCGGCCGGGUCCGUCCACAGCCAGCUAGAAACCAAAGCACGCUCGUCUUCUUCCUUCCAUCCCCAUUCUGUCGGCUACUCUCCUCCUCCCUCCACCUCCUCCUACUACCGCGAGCGAUCCAUGGACGCGCCGCCGUCGUCGGAGGAGGAGCGGCAGUCGCCGCGCAGCAGGCAGCUGCAGCUGCAGGGCCCGCGGCCCCCGCGGCUGUCCGUCAGCAAGGACUCCCACAAGAUCAGGAAGCCGCCGGUCGUGCCGCUGCCUCACGGUCACGGGGCCCGGCAACUGCAAGCCGCCCCCGCCAACCGCCACCAGCAGGCCCAGCCGCGGGCGCCGGUCAUCAUCUACGACGCCUCGCCCAAGGUCAUCCACACCCAGCCCGGUGAGUUCCUGGCGCUCGUCCAGCGCCUCACCGGCCCGGGCGCGCCGGCCCAUCAGUGCUCCGCCGAGGACCAUCCCUCUGCCGUGCCGGUGCCGCCGCAGUUCCAGCCGCCUUUCUCGCCGGCAGCGAGGUACGCCGCCAUCGAGAGGUCCGUCCGGCCGCUGCCGCCGGGCCCCGCGCCGUACUCCGGGUCCUGGCUGGACAUAGACGGCUUCGCGGAGGUCCUCGGCCCCGGACGGCCAGGCAUCCUCUCGCCCGUCCCGUCGGCGCUGCCGCUGGCGGCCUCGCCCGGGCUCUUCUCGCCGCUGCCCUUCGACACCGGCUCCCUGUCCUGGCUCAACGACCUGAGCCCGUUCCUCGCCUCCGCCUCCGCGUCGAGCCCCGGCGGCGUGCUGCUUGCCACGCCCACCAUGCCCUCGCCGGGGAUGAUGAUGAGGUUCUUCAGCGACUUCCCGGACCUGUAAAUUAACCUGAUUUAAUUUGAUUUGAAUUUUUUUUUGCCUGCGUCCGGGUUUAGAUGGCCGCCGGAGAACCAGGGAGUAGGUGCACUCCAUUAAGUUGAGUAGAUAGACGUUGCUCCUGUUAAUUGAUUGAUUGAUUGACAUUGUCAACUGAUUGCCGCUGCUAACUGAUUGAGUAGGUAGAAUGGUGGUGCAAAACUUGUUUCAAGAUCAUUGACUAUGGGGAGCCAACCAUGCUUGGUGGGUGCUUCUUUCAAUUAAUUCUGAUUGUGUUACUUACUUGUAAACGAAGGAGGUGGUAUGUUGUUUUUUUAUUCCUUAUUUAUUUUAAGUUCGGUGGUUAUGCUUUGAAAGCCCUGUAUUAUUUCAUUUAGACUUGCACAUAUGCAUUGCAACGGAAGAUAUAUACGGAGUAUAAUUUUUUUUGACAAGAA